AACCUUGUCAGAGCCGAGACUGACACCGUUAUGAAGGCGAAGGAAUCCGGGUCAAGCAUUACCUGGAAUGAUCGUCCCAGCAUGCCCUACGCACAGGCGUUCAUUUGGGAGACGAUGCGGUGCAAACCUGUAAACCCUCUUGCCCUCAUGCGAUGUGCAAGCGAAGACAUCAAGCUAGGCGGUUACUUUGUCCCCCGUGGCAGCGUCAUCAUCUCUUCGUUCUGGUCUUUAUUCAACGAGCCCGGCUUUUGGAAAGACCCCGAAGUGUUCCGCCCUGAACGCUUUCUAAGCGACAGUGGCCACUCUGCGACCAAGCCAAAGUGGUUCAUUCCGUUCUCUUCCGGGAAGCGCUCCUGUCCUGCUGAAUCUGUCGCCAGCAUGGUGGUGUUCGUCUACUUCACGAACAUUGUUCAUCAUUUCAUUAUUGAAGCUUCCACUAGUGGUGUCCACCCGGACGACGAAUUUCUCGGCAUAGCGCUGCGGCCCAAGCCGCAGCAACUGGUCUUCAGACCUCGGAAACACCGCGGAUGACAGAAGAUGUGAUGACGAUAACGAGCAAUCAGUUGGCAAGAGUACGGUCGUAUACAACAUGUCCAGGAGUUCAUUACCCACAGCAAACAUAUAGCGUCGCGAAAUUUAUUCUCUCAGCGCUGAC